AUCUCUCUCUCACUCUCUGCCGGCUCACUCAGGAAACUAGGCUAGAGCCACUGUUAGCAGCAGCUGGCUGCCACCGCCAACACUGACAGACGCUGUGCCGGGGGAGUUCUAUCAGCCUGCGAAUAUCUCCAACUGGAAUUUUUCAUUACCCAGUUAGAGGAAACGGAAGGGGGGUGGCAGUGGAGCUGAUGUCAUUAGCAGGGGGGUGCGAGUGAAUCAGCAGUCAGGUCACAUGCUAAGUCGGUCAGUGAUGCAGAUGGAAAUGCAUGGCAGUUGCACCGGGCACAGUCGCAGCAGGUUCGCCCCCUGAACACAAUGCAGGGAAGGGUCGCUACAGUCUGACUUCAUUUCUAUCAACCUGCAGGAAUCGGAGCUGGCUGCAGUGGGCAGCAGGAUGCUCUUCCCCAGCAGCAGUGUCGGUGGCAGCGGAGGCUCUCCCCACGAGGGCUCCUCCAGAGGCCUGCCAGAUGUCAACGACCUGGGUCUGGGCCUCCAGUCCCUCAGCCUGUCCGGCUGGGAGCGCCCCUGGAGCAGCCAUGACACGGACGCACACACCACCGCUGCUUCCCAGGCCCACACCAGCUCUACCUCCAUGCUGGACAUGCUGGGCAGUCCCCUGGGCCAGAUCCUGGGCAAGCCCCUUGGCUACCACCCCCCCAGCGAGCCCAUGGGCACGGCAGCUGACUUCCUGGAAAAGUUCCCCGGCAUGGCGCGCAUGACCAGCCGUCUGGACUCUCGCUCCUUCCUGGACUCGCGCUCCAGCAGCCCUGUAGACUCUGAAACCAGUGGCUUCAGCUCCGGCUCGGACCACCUCUCAGACCUGCUCUCCUCCCUGAGGAUCUCUCCCCCCCUACCUUUCCUCAUGUCCAGCAUGCAGAAGGACUCUAUGAGGCUGAGCUCUCUGGGCUCCAGGCUGGACUACCAGGACCACGGCUCCCCUCUCACCCCACCGCCCAGCGCCACCAGCUCUGCUACGGCCCUGUCCCGCCGCUGGCCCGGGGCAUCAAUAUGGCCAAGCCUGGACCUGCUGGAUACUCCCGACGACCCCUUCAGCAUCGAGAGGGAGGCCCGCCUGCACAGGCAGGCGGCUGCUGUAAAUGAAGCCACCUUCACCUGGAGUGGACAGCUGCCUCCCCGCAACAACAAGAACCCUCUGUACUCCUACAAGGUCUUCCUGGGUGGAGUACCCUGGGAUAUCACUGAAGCUGGUCUGAUCAACACUUUCAGUGGCUACGGCCCUCUGAGUGUGGAGUGGCCCGGUAAGGAUGGCAAGCAUCCUCGCUGCCCUCCCAAAGGUAAUAUGCCCAAAGGCUACGUUUACCUUGUGUUUGAGAACGAGAAGUCUGUUCGUGCACUGCUCCAUGCCUGCACCCAGGACCUGCUCCACCCUGAGGAGAACGGAGAAUACUACUUCAAGAUGUCUAGCCGCAGGAUGCGCUGCAAGGAUGUGCAGGUGAUUCCCUGGGUGAUCUCGGACAGUAACUACGUGCGCUGCCCCUCCCAGCGCCUGGACCCCAGCAAGACUGUGUUUGUGGGCGCUUUGCACGGCAUGCUCAACGCAGAGGCCCUGGCCAGCAUCAUGAAUGACCUGUUUGGCGGAGUGAUGUAUGCUGGGAUUGACACCGACAAGCACAAGUACCCGAUAGGGUCUGGGCGUGUCACCUUCAACAAUCAGCGCAGUUACCUGAAGGCUGUGUGUGCAGCGUUUGUGGAGAUCAAAACCCCCAAGUUUACAAAGAAGGUUCAGAUUGACCCCUACCUGGAGGACUCCAUGUGCCAAGUGUGCAGUCGCCAACCCGGGCCGUUCUUCUGCAGGGACCAGGCCUGCUUCAAGUACUACUGUCGCUCCUGCUGGCACUGGCAGCACUCCAUGGACCUCCUGAGCAACCACCGGCCCCUGAUGCGCAACCAGAAGAACAGGGACUCCAGCUAGAGCAGAGGAGUCCAGCGAGGGGGUGGAGAGAGCCCCACACCUCACGGGUGAGGACACACAGAGGGCGUCCGCAGAGCACGAGUGUCCAGCUGCCCGCGACACCAGGGGCACCAUGGCACUCCCACCAGGACUGGGGGAGAAACACUGUAGAAAAGUCUACUGCUGCACUUGCUACUUUUUGCUGUUUACUUGUUCACGUUGGCACUAUGCACAGUGACCUUUUUGGGAUAGUCAGGGGCCCCCACACUUCCUUAUGCAGUUUCCCCGACUUGUGGCCAGACGAGACGUGAUUCAGGCCAGGGUUCAGAAGUAGAUGAAAAUGCCUUGCUUUGUUUUUUUUUUCUUAUCCUUACGUUUUUUUGAUUUGUUUUACAUGCGUUGCAUAUUAAGGAGCGAUCAUGCACGUCUCAUUGCCAUUCAUUGGUAGAUACCAUACAGUGCCUUCAAAUUGUUCCACCCCUUCGCCCCCACCCCCAGUUGGCUUACUGUUUUUCCUGUGCAAGCCAGCUGGUGUUUUUUACUUUGGAAGAUGAGUUGGGCUUCAUUUAACCAGUCGCAUUUCAGACAUUUUUACGCAGUUUUUUACUAAUUUGUACACAAACGGUUUUAAGUCAUGACAAGGAAAUUUGGAACCGAAUUCUACCUGGCGGCUUUUUAAUUUUUUCCCUCCCCUUGGUUUUUCCUCACCCCAAAGUAUUAGUCUGGGGCUGGUGGUAGAUUUGUUCUCCCUACCGGUGUUCUACUGCAGGGGUAUGCAACCCUGUUCCUGGAGUGUCGCAAGGUCUGCAGGAUUUUGUUCCAACUAGGCACCACACCUGACCAACUGAGCUA